GGAAUAGUGUAGAAAACACUUUGGAAAUACACAGCCGGUGUGAAAAUGCUUUCGGUGGAUAAAUCAGGAGGUUUACCAACAAACAACCAGUUUUCAGAUGCUUCCAAUGCUCGCUUUACGUAUUUAAACUGGAACAAUGAAUAUCAAAGUCAAAAUUCACAACUAGACGGUGUUCAAUAUGAAAAUAAAGAUGGCAUUCCUGUUUCGCAUCGAUAUCAGGGAAUUCGUGCUCCGUUUGGGAUAAAAAAUAAUACUGUGGCCCCACAGCCUGGCCAGGCACCUACUAACGUACCCCAAGUUCCGCCCAGAGACUGGAUGAUCCCUGCUAUUCUUUCUCUGUUCUGCUGUUGUAUAACUGCCAUUUUCGCCAUAAAGUCUGCAAAACAGGCAAAAGAUGCGGUCUAUGUUGGUGAUUUGGCAAAAGCACAUAGGGAAGCAAAAGGAGCACGCAACCUCACCAUCAUUUCUUUUGUGAUCGGGAUCGGUUUUCUCAUAUUAUAUGCGAUAUUUCGAGUGACUAGUUAUUUUACGCUGGAAAGUGAUUAGAUAUUGGACACUUCUGAAUUUUGUUACAUGCUAACUCUUCCGUGGCACCUGAUCCAACCUCUGAAUUGUUAGAAAUCCUAUUCUAUAAUGUUUAACGGACUUUUAAGCUCGAAUACUUUUCGUAAUAUCUAUACAGUCGGAGCUCUUUGAAUUCAUACCUCGCACACAAGUGCCAUUCUUGUUGAUUCAGUCAUGUGAUCUUAUUUGAAUUUCAUUUAAAUGUUAUAAAAUAAUACUUUUGAAGUCCAAGUUAUUUUGUGGCACACUCAACACCAUGUUUUGCUUUCAAAUACUACCUACAUUUAGUUGUAAUUAAAAGCAAUGUACAAUAUUUAUAUACAGCAUAAUUUUCUUAUGAAAUCCAUUAGA